CGACGUACGAACAACGCGAUACCGUUUUCAUCGCACCGCCGAUAUUCUGUUCCAGCAGUCGGCGGCUCUCCAGUGUGCCGUGCUACCGCUGUGGAUCAGGAGGUGAUACUAUUAUACACACGCGCGCGCUCGCACUCGCAUACACUGACCGUCGCUACAGGCACGUCCACUGCACGCGGCGUAGUGUGCAGGCCGACCGGCGACCAGAUCGCGACGACCACCAUGACCGGGUCGGACGACAACAACGGCGAUUCGGACAACGCCGGCGCCGGGGUGGGCGACGACGGCGACGGAUGGGUCCGCCGCCGCGACCAGUUCUCCUCCGCCUUGGUGUUGCUGAUCUCCGCGGCCUUGACGCUGCUGUGGUGUGCCCUGUUCGUCGCUCUCGAGCCGCACCCGUGUGGCGUGGCCGGCGCCCAGCUGUACACCAACACGUUCUCGGUCAGGCUGCACAGCGACGUCCGAGACGGUGCCGGGCACGUAGACGAGGAGGUGGCCCACAGGGUCGCCAAGAGGGCUGGCAGCGGGUUCGAAAACGUCGGCAAGAUUCGUGGUACUAAGGAUGAAUUUCAAUUCGUACAUCAUGGAUUACCAAAAAUCCGUGGCCGUCGUUCUCUACCUUCAGUUCUACUUUUGAAGAAGGAUCCAUCUGUUAAGUCUGUUCAUCAGCAACCAGGAUUUAAGAGAGUGAAACGUGGAUACAAACCAUUUAUUCCAUCCUUAUAUUUGAAUAGAGAUGAAUAUAUGGCAAACCAAUAUAGAGGAUAUCCUGGUAAACCAAUUGAAAUUGACGAUGAUCUGGAUCGUUAUGGUAAAUUACCAAUGGAUCCACUAUUCAAGGAACAAUGGUAUUUGAGGAAUACAGGACAAAAUGGUGGUAAACCAAAAUUAGAUUUGAAUGUACGAGCCGCUUGGGCUCAAGGGGUAUCAGGCAAGAACGUAACUACGGCUAUAAUGGAUGAUGGAGUGGAUUACACACACGAAGAUCUGAAGUAUAAUUACAACGCACGAGCUAGUUACGAUUUUAGUUCUAAUGACCCAUAUCCAUACCCAAGGUAUACCGAUGAUUGGUUCAACAGCCAUGGUACACGUUGCGCCGGAGAAGUAGCAGCUGCUCGUGAUAAUGGUGUUUGUGGUACCGGUGUGGCAUUUGACUCAAAAAUUGCCGGGAUCCGGAUGCUUGACCAACCGUAUAUGACAGAUCUUAUCGAAGCGAAUAGCAUGGGUCACGAACCGGAUUUAAUUGAUAUUUACAGUGCUUCUUGGGGACCUACAGAUGAUGGACGAACAGUUGACGGUCCACGUAACGCUACUAUGCGAGCUAUAGUCCGGGGCGUCAAUGAAGGUCGUCGGGGAAAAGGUAAUAUCUACGUAUGGGCUAGUGGUGACGGCGGAGAGGCUGAUGAUUGCAACUGCGAUGGUUAUGCCGCUAGUAUGUGGACGAUAUCGAUAAAUUCAGCUAUAAACGAUGGACAGAAUGCUCAUUAUGACGAAAGUUGUUCAAGCACACUGGCUUCAACUUUUAGCAAUGGAGCCAAAGAUCCUAAUACUGGAGUUGCAACUACAGACUUGUAUGGUAAAUGUACUAAAUCUCACAGUGGCACAUCAGCUGCUGCACCGGAAGCUGCAGGCGUGUUCGCUUUAGCCCUGGAAGCAAAUCCCGAUUUGACUUGGAGAGAUAUACAACACUUGACCGUAUUGACUUCAAAACGAAAUUCUUUAUUUGAUGCCAAACGUAGAUUUCAAUGGACAAUGAACGGUGUUGGCUUGGAAUUUAAUCAUUUGUUUGGAUUUGGAGUGCUUGAUGCUGGAGGAAUGGUUUCACUUGCUCGACAGUGGCAUACUGUACCUGCUAGAUAUCAUUGUCAAGGAGGAUCACAUACAAAAAUCAGGAAAUUUACAUCGAAGUCAGGCAUUAUACUGAAAUUGAACACUGAUGCAUGCCGUGGCACCGAUACCCAUGUCAAAUACCUGGAACACGUACAAGCUGUAAUUACACUCAAUUCUACAAGACGUGGCGAUGUUGAGCUCUUUUUGACAUCUCCAAUGGGCACAAGAUCGAUGAUAUUAAGUAGAAGGCCUAAUGACGACGACCGUAGAGAUGGAUUUACAAAAUGGCCAUUUAUGACAACCCAUACAUGGGGUGAAUAUCCGUGGGGCGAAUGGAUACUUGAGGCGAAAUUCAAUACACCUAAUCAGUUUUCGCGGGAAUCCGCUGCUAACAACAUCGGCGGAACACAUCAGAACUCUAGACAGGGGUCUAAAACGGAUUCCACGAUGGCAGUUCGUGAUCUGGAAGAAAAUGGUGACAAGUUAUCAGCAGAUCGUGAUACGGCCGAAGAAGAUGGAGACGAAAACGACUAUGAAACGGUGCACACGGGUUUCUUGAAGGAAUGGACUCUGAUGUUGCACGGUACCCGGGAACCGCCGUACAGCCAACUGUCCGUCCGAGAUCCGCAUUCCAAACUGGCAAUUGUCAAGAAAGCGCACACCAUAGCUGGGCCUGACACUACUGUAUCUUCACAGAAACAGAGUGCAUAUUAGAUUUAAAGAAGCGGAAAUUAAAACACCAAUAUGAAUAAUAAUCACUAUACGGAACUAUCGCGAUUGUCGUUUACAAACAUAAUAAAACCUACAGUUAUUAAUCUACUAUUAUGAUAUAUAUACAUUAUAUUAUAUUAUAUUAUAU